AGAUGUCUGCGCCCGUGUACACAUGAAUUGAGGGCCUGCAUUUAGUAGAUUAGAAGGUUUACUCUUAAAUUUUGACAUUAAAUGGCGUCAAAAGAGUUAUUAGGAGUCGAAUUUAGCAAAAAUGACCAAGGUUUAGCAGAGUUAUUAUCUGUUAAACAAACUGAUAGAAAGUCAGCCACACCUCCAAACAUCUGUAAGAUGCUUCCAAGUUCAGUUUUAUCAAGUGUGAAACAGUUUCUUCCUUUGAUGAAAGACGCAAACAGUGAACUUGACAGUAUUCCUGCUGAUGAUCUUGACAUUGAAUGUAUAUCUAAUAAAAAUGAUCAAGUUAUAGAAAUGAACAUUGCAUUAUUUGAACAGAGCUCAGGAGAUGAUGAUUCAGAAGAUAGUAGUGAAUCAUCUGAGGAGGAAUUUUAUGGUUCAGAAGUGACGGAAGAGAAUUUUAGAAUAAUAAAAACAAAUACCAAAAAGCCACAUAUAGAGGAGAUGGACAAUAAUGAUAACCCUCCUGGAUGACAGAAGAACAUGAUGUGUGAUAACUUUCAUCGCUCCUGUGAAGACUUUUAUGUGGUCACCUUAGAACAUUUUGUCAGAAUGUAUAGAAUUCAUUGUUCUCAUCAAUCUUUCUGUGAUCAUGCAUAAUUUGUGAUAUAUAAGUUUAGUAUUUAAAGGAAAUAUAUCACAGAAAUAAGUCAACUUUUUUUAAAUUUGCACUAUUGGUUACAGCCACCAAUUUAAAAUAUACUAUAAGAAUAGCUAGCUUUGUGUACAAGUGCUUAUCAUGUCUCAUAAGUUUUGUAAUCUCAACUUAGCAAGUAAAUGUUGGUUAAUACAAGUCUU